AUGAGGAUUAGAAAGUACCAUUACGCCUUCGUUUGCCUCCUCAUCUCUGGCAUGGUUAAGCGUAUGCCUUUUGAAUACAGAAGACACUCCAUGUGUGACGUAACGGUGAGGAGAAAAUAUAAGACGGUGCGUGAUGAAUGUGGAGAGGGAAGAGCGAGUCUAAUUUGCUUCCAAGGCAGGGUUCUGCGUGGGGUGUCUAAUGAAGUGUUCAAGGGGGGGGGAUUUCAAACGGGGGUCGGGUCUUCUUCGCAACCCUCUUCGCCGCGUUCCCCCCCACAAGAGGAUCAGCUUCCUCGAGAUGACCCACAGGACUUGAACGAAAUACUAACCAAACUGGGGAAAAAAAAAAUGAUAAUAAAAUUUAAGAAAGAGGAAAACACAUCACAGUCUACUCUGAUUCAACAGAACAUGGUGAAGCUUCUCGGUUCCUGUGGGAGAGUGAAGAAGCUGAGUCACAUCGACCUGUACUUGUAUGAGGCCUUUUCAAACAUCAACGAGGGAGCGCUAAAGAAUUGCCUGCAGGUGUUCACCAGUGGUGGCGUAUUCGUGGAGCAGGACUUUAAGAUACAUCCCGUGAAGGGGGGGGUUGGCUGCAUGAGCGGCGAGGUCUCUAUUAGGAGCGAAGACAACCUACGUAGCCCCCCUGGCAGGGAUGGCACCUUUGAGCUGAACAACCAAAUGACUUUUAAACAUUUUUUGAGUAGACUUCAAAGCGAUUGUAAAGGGACGAACAUCAUUAAGGGGUAUGAGCAGACGAAGAUGAAGGAGGGCACGGAGUUGUCGGAGCCUCACCAACAGAACGAAGUUAACGUGUGCAUUGUGGAUACAGGGGUUGAUUAUAACCACCGCGAUUUGCAGGGCAACGUGGUGCAUGUGCUGGACGGAACAGAUGAAACCGGUCAUGAUGAUGAGGGGGAUGAACACAACGACGGUGAUCGAGGGGACAACCACGGGCAUGGGACCUUCAUAGCGGGCAUCAUCACGGGCCACGCACAGAGAGGCAACAGAGGGAUUAAAGGUAUUUGCAGGAGAGCUAAAUUAACCAUAUGCAAAGCGCUCAACAGUAACAAUGCGGGGUUUGUGAGUGACAUUUUAAAAUGUGUUAACUUUUGUGCUUCCAAAGAAGCAAAAAUUAUUAACGCCAGUUUUGCUAGUACCAAGAAUUACAUAUCUUUAUUUGAAGCUCUGAAGACCCUAGAGGAAAAAAAGAUUCUCGUCGUUUCAUCCUCCGGCAACUGUUGCCCCACAGAUGAAACAAAGAACGCGUUUCCUGAGUGUAACCUAGACAUGAUGAAGGUGUACCCGACGGCUUACUCGGUGCAGUUACGUAACCUCAUCACUGUUUCAAAUAUGAUUCAGAAGGAGAAUGGAGAACUUACUUUAUCACCAGACACUUGCUACAGUGCUAAUUAUGUUCAUCUGGCUGCCCCUGGUUAUAAUAUCAUUUCUACCUUUCCUAGGAACAAAUAUGCCAUUAGCAGUGGUUCGUCUUUUUCUGCUGCUGUGGUUACUGGUUUGGCUGCCCUGGUGUGGUCCAUUAACUCUCGUUUGAGCUUCGAGGAGGUGAUUGACCUUCUCCGGGGCUCCAUCGUACAAACGGAGUCCCUUCGGAGUAAGGUGAAGUGGGGGGGCUUUGUGGAUGUGCACCACUUGGUUAGCGCAACCAUAGCGCUUUCGCAAGGGGGGGCGGCAGCAGCAGCCAGGGGGUGA